AUGAAAUUAUUUGAGGUAGGAGGAUCACCAGCAUCCACGAAAUACCUUUUCCUGGGCGAUUACGUUGAUCGGGGUUAUUUUUCCAUCGAAUGCGUGCUGUACUUAUGGGCGCUUAAAAUCUGUUAUCCGACAACAUUGUUUUUAUUACGCGGGAACCAUGAAUGCCGCCACCUUACAGAAUAUUUUACUUUCAAACAGGAGUGUAAAAUCAAAUAUUCGGAAAAGGUAUACGACGCUUGCAUGGAUUCGUUUGACGCUCUUCCCCUCGCGGCACUUAUGAAUCAGCAGUUCCUUUGUGUGCACGGCGGCCUUUCUCCGGAGAUUCACACCUUAGAAGAUAUCAAAAAACUCGAUCGAUUCAAAGAGCCGCCGGCAUUUGGACCGAUGUGUGAUUUGCUCUGGUCUGAUCCGCUCGAAGAUUUUGGUAAUGAAAGGAAUUCAGAGCAAUUUUCACACAAUUCUGUCCGUGGAUGCUCCUAUUUUUAUAGCUAUGCAGCAUGUUGUGAUUUCUUGCAGCAUAAUAACCUCCUGUCAAUAAUCCGUGCUCACGAAGCCCAAGAUGCCGGGUACUUUUUAAUCUCUGUGCUUGUAAAUUUCAUUAUCAUUUUGCUCACACAUUCGACUGUCGCCUGA